AUGGCUGAAACGAGCAACGGUGUGUCUGAUGCUCAGGAUCUUAAUGGCAAGAUACAAACCACUGGAGAGACAAAUUCUGAUCGAAACAUCGAGAUUUCAAACCGCACAAGACUACUCCGCGAUACAUUAGAGCUACUUGUUGAUAGGUCUGACGAGCAGAGAAAACAAUGCGAUCAGUUAUCGCAUGAAAAUCGAUAUUUGCAAGAUUAUAUCGAAAACUUGAUGUCACAGGGAAACGUUCUGGAUAAAUGA